AUGAUGACAAACCAGAAGGACAUUCUAUCUUUCUUCUUCAUUCUUUCGUUGGCCGGGCUUGGGAGUAUCCAGCUUUCAAUGGCAAAGGAGGUGAUACGAAUACCAGUUGGGGUAGUUCUUGACUUGAAUUCCUCUGUUGGUGCGAUUGCAGAGAGCUGUAUGACCAUGGCACUCUCAGAUUUUUAUGCUAAGCAUGCUCAUUAUCGAACAAGGCUUGAUCUUCGCACCCGCGAUUCAGCGGAUGAUAUUGUUACUGCAGCAUCUGAAGCCGGGUAUAUGAUGAAGAUAGAAAAAGUGCAGGCCAUCAUUGGACCUCAAAGGUCAGCAGAAGCGAAGUUUGUGAUGGAGCUUGGCAGAAAGGCUAAGGUUCCCAUCAUUUCAUUCUCUGCCACCAGUCCCUCUCUUUCUCCAUCUCGUAGCCCUUUUUUUGUCCGGACGGCCUUCGAUGACUCUGCUCAAGUAAAAGCCAUAGCUGCCGUCAUUGAAGCUUAUAGCUGGUUGGAAGUUGUUCUCGUCUAUGAAGACACCGAUUAUGGCAACGGUUUAAUUCCGUAUCUGGUGGACGCUAUACAGGAGGUUGGUGCUCGAGUACCUUACAGAAGUGUCAUUCCUCCAUCUUCUAAUGAUGCUGAAAUUCUAAGGGAGCUUCGCAGGUUAAACUCAAAUUCAACUAGAAUAUUUCUGGUGCAUAUGACUGCCUCCCUUGGGUCCAAAUUCUUUAUACUAGCAAAUAAGGCAGGUAUGAUGAGUGAAGGGUAUGCCUGGAUUGUCACCGAAGGGUUAUCAACUUUUUUAGAUCCUGUGAAUUCGACAACCAUGGAUUCAAUGGAAGGUGUGUUGGGAGUAAGGCCAAAUAUCCCAAUGACAAAAGAUCUUGAAGACUUUCAGUCAAGAUGGAAACAACCAAACAAGAUGACAGCAGGCCUAAACCUCUUUGGAUUAUGGGCAUAUGAUACAGUUUGGGCACUUGCAAUGGCGGUGGAGAAAGUGGGAACAACAAGUUCUAGCUCUAUGAAGCAUAACACAAGUAGAGUCGUCAAUCUUGCAAGCUUGGAAACCAGUAACAUGGGUAAAGAUCUUCUUGAAACAAUCCCAAGUUCAAAAUUUCAAAGCCUAAGUGGGAAUUUCCAGUUGGUCAAGAGACAGUUAGAACCUUCAACCUUUGAGAUAUUCAAUGUGAUUGGCAAUAAAGAAAGGAUUAUUGGAUAUUGGAUUGACAAACAAAAAGGGCUGUCAAGGCAGCUCAAGUAUGACAAUAGUGAAGCAGAAAAAUCUGAUGUAAAGAGAAGACUCAAGCAACCAAUUUGGCCAGGGACACUACAGACCAACCUGCAACAAAGAAACUGA